GGCCUCAAUGGGCUAACUGCUAAUAUCCUGUGCUCUAUGCAACCUCUGCAAUCCUCCUGUUCCAGUCACACUACACAUAGAACUCUAGCAGAGCAAUGGCAGAUAAAAAAAAAGAGACAGGGUUCUAUUCCCCCCCACCUAGUUUAGAUACUUGGCAGAAUUUAAAAACAUUUUUCUAUGAUCCUAAGAAAGGAAAAAUAUUUGGAAGGACUGGUCCUAGUUGGGCUAAAAUUGGAUUAUUUUAUUUAAUAUUUUAUGCUAUACUAGCAUCCCUUUUUGGCAUUAUGUUGUGGAUAUUCUAUCAUACUCUUGACCCUAGAAUUCCACGAUGGCAACUUACAGAAUCUUUAAUAGGACAAAAUCCAGGUCUUGGUUUUCGCCCAUUUCCAAAUGAUAGUGACACUAGAAGUUCUCUGAUCUGGUAUCAAGGUAAAAGUAGACAAUCAUGUAAACUGUGGACAGAUACAUUGGAAAAAUUCUUAGAAGUUUAUAGGAAACCUGGUCUUACACCUGGUAGAGGACAGAAUAUUUACAAUUGUGACUAUGAUAGACCUCCUGGAAAAGGGCAGGUAUGUGACGUUGAUGUGAAAAAUUGGUAUCCAUGUACUGCAGAAAACAACUUCAAUUACCAUUUAUCAAGCCCUUGUGUGUUUAUAAAACUAAAUAAGAUAUAUGGAUGGCAACCAGAGUUUUUCAAUGAUACCCGUGAGUUGCCUGAAAAAAUGCCUGAAGACUUAAAGAAUUUGAUUUCAGUGCAGAAAUCCAUUAACCCAGAAUUGCUGAAAACUGUUUGGGUUAGCUGUGAAGGAGAAUCACCAGUAGAUCGAGAAAAUAUUGGAGAUAUUCAAUACAUUCCAAGACAAGGUUUUCCAGGAUAUUUCUACCCAUAUAUGAACACUGAAGGAUAUCUUAGUCCACUUAUCGCUGUCCAUUUUAAGAGGCCCAAAACUGGAAUCAUUAUAAAUGUUGAGUGUAGAGCAUGGGCCAAAAAUCUUAAAGUUGAUCGAAAGGAAAAAAUAGGCACUGUUCAUUUUGAAUUACUUAUAGAUUAAUGUAAAUAUGAAAAAAUAAGUAAAACACUUUCCCUAGUCUCUCUGUAAUUUACUAUGUACUAUAAAUGAUUGUAAAAGUGAUAAUACUGCCACAAUUUUUUCUACUAAUAAAACAACAGUUUGCUCUGAUAUUCAGAGUAAUAAGAAAUAAAUGAUAUGAA